UCUAUCCCCGCGGGCCGGUGUUGAUUAGUGAUGUCUGGAGCGCAAUGGCGGCGCGCUUAGCGGUAAUGAGGAUGGAGAAGUUUCUCGUGUAAAAAGUGAAGAUGUCUGUUUUAAGGCUCUCCGGGUUUCUGAGGAAACUGCCUGCAGAAGCGCGGAGAAGCUCUGCUCUGCUCCUCACCGCCGACAGCUGCGGCUCCUGCUCCAGACUGAGGAGCUCGGACAGGAUCCCAGGAUGGAUGUACUAUCGAAGACACUACGCUGCAAUCCCAAAGAAAAGUGACAGAAGCAAACAGCUGUGGGAACGCUCUCAAUUAAUAGAUGUCCUCGAGGCUCGGAUCCAGCAGCUACAAUCUGACGUCAUUUUAGAUGUCAAACAUUCAAAGGUGGAAUUUCUCAAACUACCACACAAAGAGAAAAGACCCCCAGCUGGUAAAAGUAAAAAAGUGCAACCAGGAGAGAAGGCGGAACCACCAAAAGCUAAACAGUCCAGUAAAAAAGGAGCUGCUCAGACCAGUCCGUCCUCUCAAAAAACUCACGGAAGCCGCUGGAGUGAGAAGCUUGACCGUGAGAAGUCGGACAGGACUAAAAAAUACACGCGGCUUCAGAAGAAAUUUCCCAAACAAGUAGUAAAUGAAACAGUCGAAGCAAAGAGCGACACGAAGCAGCAAACAGCAAAACGCAGCAAGGGCAAGAAGAUGCUCCCUGGAACAUCAACGAAGAUCAUUUUUCCAGUCAAGAAGAGCACUCCAGCUGUAAGUAAGGAAACAGUGGAGACAGCAGCUGCUGAAAAGCUUUCUGGAGAAGCAGACGUGGCUGAAUUUAAAGAGUUGUAUCAGAUUAUUGACCAGUGCAGUCUGGUCGAGACUGAGAGUGUAAAAAAACGUGAUGACUCUGAAACUCAGCUGAGCGCGUGCUGCUACUUGGAGGCGUGUGUGUACACUGGGGAUGUGGAGCGAGCUCAGCGCUUCCUGCUUUUACACCACCGAAACCUUUCCAAACGCAGUGUUCUCACUGUCAGAUUCUACAACACCCUGAUGAAAAUGUGGGCCAAGAAGGGAGCUCUUCCUCAAAUAAGCAAGCUGUUUGUUAUGUUGGCGGAGGCUGAACUGAAACCUGAUGCAGGGUCUUACUCCGCUGUCCUGGAGUGUAUGGGUCGAAUGCCUGAGAGCUCCACAAACCUUAUUGAGAGGUGUUUGGAGCAGAUGAAGGAGGACGGAUUGUGUGUGGAUGAUGUGUUUAGCCAGUGUUUGUUCAGGCUGGAUGAGAGAGACAUGGUGCUGAAGGCUGUCCGGGACGGGAAGCCUGACUACGAGCCACCCACUUCUGCUAAAAGCCCUCAGUGUUCUCUGACCCUGGUCAAGGACUUCUAUGCACAGAGAGAAGACGUCCGAUUUCCUAAAAUGGACUUCGAGCUGGCAGAACUGCAGGAACGCUUCAAGCAACAGCUGGCUGUAGAGCAGUCCAACACAAUCACCAUCGACUCUGUGGAGGCCAUCAAACCCGUCACCGAAAACAUGACUAAAAUGAGGAAGCUGUUAGAAGUUCAGUACGGCCACUGGCAGAGAUCUCUGCUCCAGGCUCUGAGAGAAAGCAAGCAGGUGUUAAAGAAAGGCAGACUGAGGAACUGGAAGACAGACCUCUACCCAUUACUGUGCGUCCUGCAUGAUGAGGAAUACGUCAAAAUCAUGCUGCAGACUUUGGAGAACCUGCCGCCCACCGGAGACUCUCUGGUCAACCUGGCGAAGGAGCUCGGCAGCAGAGUUUACAGCACGUUCUGCAUCCAGCAGAAGAUCCAGAUGGUGAAGAAAAUGUCCCACAUCUACAAUUCAUACGCUGAGCUGCUCGCUAAAGACACAGAGUCCAGUAAUGUGUUGCCGCGGGAACGCUGGAUUGAGCUGGAAGCGGAGAUGAGUGCUGGCCCCUCCCUGCUGAGCGUCGAGGCGUCUUGGCCGCACAUGCUCCUCGUUCAGCUGGGCUGCUUUCUGGCGAAUCUGCUUGUGUGUGAACUCAAAAUCCCAAGCAACAUCCUGAACCCGGAGCUGGACAAUAAACUCAUCCCUAUCCUGUAUCACAUGUACAUCUUCCGCAACAGCCGACAGAUUGGGUUUAUCAAGCCACACCCGAUCUUGGUGAAAAUCCAGUCAGACGCCACAGUGACUAAGCUGACCUUUGACUCCUAUGUGAUGCCCAUGCUGUGUCCGCCCAUCCCUUGGACGUCGCCGAAGAGCGGUGCCUACCUGCUGACUCCCACCAAACUGAUGAGGGCUGUCGACGGGGCCAACCAGCACCAGCUCUUGCUGGAGAAGUGCCAGAAUGAGGACCUCCACGCCGUGCUGGACUCCCUCAACCAGCUGGGCAACUGUGCCUGGAAGAUCAACAAGCCAAUGCUGGACAUCAUCAUCUCCAUCUUUAACGAUAAGGGCUGUGAUAAGCUGGACAUCCCACCACCGUUAACUGAGGCCCCCGAGAUCCCCCGCUUUAACCCGCACGAUCAGUCCUACACCAUUGAAGAAAAGGCCCAUCUGAAGCAGGAGAUUAUGAAAGCCAGGAAGAAGUAUGGGGAGAUGCACAGCCUGCGCAUGGACGCGCUCUAUAAGCUGUCCAUCGCCAACCACAUGAGGGAUGAAAUCUUCUGGUUCCCGCACAACAUGGACUUCCGGGGCCGCACCUACCCCUGCCCGCCUUAUUUAAACCACCUGGGGAGUGACAUGACCAGAUGCAUCCUGCUGUUCGCUGAGGGCAAACCCCUGGGUCCCACGGGUCUGGACUGGCUGAAGAUCCAUCUGGUGAACCUCACAGGCUUAAAGAAGCGCAGCUCUCUGGCUGGGAGACUGGAAUACGCCAAUAGCAUCAUGGACGACAUCCUGGAUUCAGCAGACAACCCUCUCACUGGGAGAGGGUGGUGGAUGAGCGCUGAUGAGCCCUGGCAGUGUCUGGCCUGCUGUAAGGAAAUAGCCAGUGCCCACAGAUCACCUGACCACACCGAGUUCAUCUCCUAUUUCCCCGUACAUCAGGAUGGCUCGUGUAACGGCCUCCAGCACUAUGCUGCUCUGGGACGUGAUGUGAUCGGAGCUACAUCCGUGAACCUGAUGCCCUGUGAAGAACCCCAGGAUGUCUACAGUGGUGUAGCCCAGCAGGUUGAGGAGUUCCGGAAGCGGGAUGCGGCCAAGGGUCUAAAGACUGCGAUUGUGCUGGAGGGCUUCAUCAACAGGAAGGUGGUGAAACAGACGGUGAUGACGGUGGUGUAUGGCGUCACACGCUACGGGGGGAGACUACAGAUUGAAAAGCGUCUCAAAGAGAUCGAUGACUUCCCCAAGGAGUAUCUAUGGGAUGCUUCUCAUUACCUGGUUCAGCAGGUCUUCAGUAGCUUGAAGGAGAUGUUCACAGGCACGAGAGAAAUCCAGAACUGGCUCACGGAAAGCGCUAGGCUAAUCUCGAAGUCCGGCAGCACGGUGGAGUGGGUGACCCCCCUGGGACUGCCGAUCGUCCAGCCUUACCACCGCAGCAGAAGCCAACUGGUGAGAAGCAACAUUCAGAUGCUGAAUGUCCAGAUCAGCUACGAUGUUCACGAGAAACCGGACACAAUGAAGCAGAAGAACGCCUUCCCUCCAAACUUCAUCCAUUCACUAGACUCCACCCACAUGAUGCUGACUGCACUCUACUGCUACAGUGCUGGUGUGACGUUUGUGUCUGUCCAUGACUGCUUCUGGACCCACCCUAUCACAGUAGACACCAUGAAUAAGGUGUGUCGUGAGCAGUUUGUCUCUCUCCACAAUCAACCCAUCCUACAAAACCUGUCUGAGUUCCUCCUGCAGAAGUACUGCUCAGGAUCAGUGGGCAAGACCAACAAGGCGUUUCUGGAGUUCAACAGAAUGCAGCAGCUGCUGGCCAGGGUUCCCGAGACAGGGGAUUUUGAUCUUCAGAGGGUAAAGGACUCUACCUAUUUCUUCAGCUGAGGAAGGUGAUGGGCCUACACCGACUGAGUCAGAAUGAAUUUGCGGAUUAGACCCACUGAGCGUCUGCUGGGAUUUUACUGAACCAGUGGCUCUGCAGACUGACUGCAAUUCAGACAGUGGACUAAACCACUAAACUAAAGCUGCUGCGACCUCCACAGAUGUGAGAGAGACAGUGUGUGUCUGUCUGUUUGUGUGGGUGUUUAAGGCAGGACUCUUUUUCACUCACCUGCUGAGGGCUAAUAGUUCUACUGAUCCCCUCAGAACCAGGCCUGGAGGAAUGGAAAAGCCUUGAAUUUCCUCCUCUAAAGGAAAUGUUCAGCACUUUCUGGGAAAAAAAAGAAACAGUUUUGUAAAGUUUCCUGUUUAAUGAAGAGAAAAAAAAUGAGAUCUGUACAAAAAAAUCACAGUGUGUAAUAAAGUGUAAUAAAAAGUGUUUUUUAUGCUUU